GUGUUUCCUGCUUGGCAGGGGGUUGGACUGGAUGGCCCUUGUGGUCUCUUCCAACUCUAUGAUUCUAUGAAGGAAUUAUUAGACAGUUUUCAUUGUGUAGCAUCUUUCUUUGGAUUGUGCAGUUAAAAUUAGCUAAGUGCCUUAUAAAAACCUCACAAUUCUAGCUAAUAUAUUCAGGAAGUGUGAAUUAAAUGACUUAAAACCUAACUUCUCUUUUUCUCUUGUAGACUAAAAUCUUUGUACCCGUCAUGAUCGCCACAAUGGCCUUUGCAAUAAAUUAAAGCACCCACAGGAGGCAGUGAUGGCCACCAACCUGUAGGACUAUAUGAUCAGACAAAUCAUGGAGGAGCUUACUACGAUGUGUCUCCACAGCCGGAAGCAGGAAUGCAUCUGAACACCAGUUGCUGGAAACCACAGGAGAAAAUUAAUGCAAAAAUUCAUGAAGGGUUAUGCCAGCGUUGUAAGGAAGUCCUGGAAUGGCGUGUAAAAUUCAACAAAUACAAGCCACUAACACAACCUAAAAAAUGUGUCAAAUGUCUGAAGAAGACUGUAAAGGAUUCUUACCACAUCAUCUGCAAACUGUGUGCUCAUGAAUUAGAACUAUGUGCUAAAUGUGGAAAGAAAGAAGAAAUUGUGAUUCCGGUUCAGACAAGUCCAGAGAACACUGAGCAUGAACCUUCCAAAAAUGAUCAAACAAGAAACAGAAAUGUUGAAUUUGAGGAAAGCCAUGAACUGGACUUAAGUGGCAGUGAAGAUGAAGAUCUGGAUUUACUUGUGAAGAAAGUUAUAAACUUAAAGCCUGAAAUGACAGGAGUCUAAUUAUCUCUCCAAAGAGAAGAUUUGGGUACAAAUUAUAUUUCCAGUCAGGAGACUGCAUAUUAUUGGACACUUGCAGUUUAAGGUUCAUGGUAUCUGGAAUAAUUUGCACAAACCUUAUGCCUGCAUUUUCUUAAAAUGUGUUAGAGAAUACUACCAUUUAAUAAACUUUUUUUAAAAAAACAUGGGUUAGAGUAAUUCUGUGCAUUCAAAUUGAGUGUCUUCAUUGCUUGUUGAUUCCCCCGGGCGCCUGCCCCGUCGCCUUUCCCAAAACAUCCUGUAGGUGACAGUGGAAGAAGCUCAGACAGGUAAGCUAGGCACCAAAAGACACGUUAAACCUUGGUUACAGUCAGCACAAUGGAACGUCUGUUAGUUAUUCUAUGAUCUCAACCACAUUGCUUGACUAUAGUCUGCUUUUACAACAAAUCACUUGUCCCAGUAUGCAAGGAGGAUAGAGGGCUAAGAAAUAGGAAUAUAUAAUUUUUCUCUCUUUUAUAGAAGUUGGUGUAAUCCUAUAUAAUAAUGUCCAUGUUGUCCCUGCGUCCAGUUGUCCCGUGUGUCCCUGGGGUACUGCGCAUGUACCCCAGAGACACGGGGAUUGGACGGAGGGACAACGGCCAACCGCCGCUCCGC